UGGCCGCCGGCUGGAAGCAAUCGCAUUGCUUACAGCGCAGCCAUUUCGCAAGCCACCGACCGCCAUGCGCUCCGUCACGUGCAGCACGCCCACGAACAUUGCCGUGAUCAAGUACUGGGGCAAGGACAACGUCGCGCUCAACACUCCCUUGAACUCGUCGGUCAGUGUCACGUUGAACCAAGACCAGCUCAAGACGGUCACGUCCGUGUUGGCGUCGAAGGAUUUUCCCGUCGACCGCAUCUGGCUCAACGGUGCCGAACAAAACAUCCAAAACAAGCGCAUUCAAACCGUGCUCAAGGAAGUUCGUCGUCUUGCAACUUCCAAAGCCGUCGACGUGAAUGGCCAUGCGAUUGCCAAGGAUGCAUGGGACCAGUACAAGCUCCACAUUGUGUCGAUCAACACGUUUCCCACCGCCGCCGGGCUCGCGUCGUCUGCUGCGGGGUACGCUUGCCUUGUGGCGGCGCUGGUGGAACUGUACGCUGCUGAAGAAGAAUACGAAGGCCAGUUUUCGGCCAUCGCCCGACAGGGCUCCGGAAGUGCCUGCCGCAGCCUCCACGGUGGGUUUGUCCGCUGGGACAAGGGCGUCAAAUCGGACGGAAGCGACAGCUUGGCGAUUCAAAUCGCAGACGACAAGCACUGGCCCGAGCUAGAGGCCAUCAUUUGCGUCGUGAACGACAAAGAAAAGGACACGAGCAGCACGGACGGCAUGAACACGAGCAAGGAAACAUCGGAAUUGCUUGGAUUCCGCGCCCGUGAAGUCGUGAACAAGCGAUUGGCGGCGAUCGAAGCGGCGUACAAGGCCAAAGACUUUGAGACGUUUGGGAAAAUCACGAUGAUGGACAGCAACCAGUUCCACGCGACGUGCUUGGACACGUUUCCUCCGAUCUUUUACAUGAACGAAGUGUCUCGCAGCAUCAUCCACCUCGUGCACCAGUACAACGACCACGCGGGCAAGAUCCAAGCCGCGUACACGUUUGACGCGGGCCCGAAUGCUGUUAUUUUCUUGGAAAAGAAACACACGAAGGAAGUGCUGGCGUUGCUGACGCAUUUCUUCGACUCCAAGGCCCAUCCGUUGGAAGUGCGCGGCACGGUGGAUCCAAGCAACUUGCCCGACGUCGACCCGGUCUUGUUGGGGUCGAUCAAAGUGCAGCCGAACCCGGGUGCCCUCAAGAUGUUGUACCAUACUUCGGUUGGAGAUGGUCGCCGUGUUUUGACUGCCGCCGACUCGCUCAUUGACCUAACGACAGGGCUCCCCAAGCAACACUAGAUGAGGCCGAUAAGUCAUUCUACAACAAGGUUUUCACUCAACAUAAACACCGAUGCAGUCGACUAUAUGUGGAGUGGAUUGGGAUUGAAUGCUAUCCUACGGCCAUGGGAAAACUGGCAGUGGACGCUACACGAGGGUCUUGCCAAGCGACUACAAGUCCAACAAGAGGCGUUCGGGGUCGGCGAUUUUGUCAGCAAUCGACUUGAGGCACGUCACGGCCUCCCGACCGUCGACCAAGCGAUGGUCGUACGUCAAUGCGAGGUACAUCAUGGGCCGUGCUACGAUUUCGCCGUUGGCGAGCACGACCGGGCGCAUCUUGGUCGCAUGCAUGCCGAGGAUCCCAGCUUGCGGAACGUUGAUGAUUGGUGUACCCAUAAGCGACCCAAAGACGCCGCCGUUCGAAAUGGUAAAGUUGCCACCCGCCAUGUCUUCCAUCGUAAUUUCACCGGCGCGCGCCUUUUCAGCCAACCGCGCCAAUGUCUUCUCAAUGUCAGCAAAGCUCAUCGACUCGGUGUUUUUUAUCACGGGGGUGACGAGGCCCUUGGGCGUCGCCACGGCCACGCUGAUAUCGACAAAGUCACGGUAGAUGAUCUCGGCGUGCUUGUCAUCGAUCGACGCAUUCACGCCGGGGGUUUCCAAGAGCGCCGCAGCCGAAGCCUUGAUGAAGGCACUCAUAAAGCCAAGCUUUACGUUGUGCUUCUUUUCGAAUGAAUCCUUGUACGUUGAACGGAGCGCCAUGAGCUUAGACAUGUCCACUUCCUGGAACGUGGUGAGGCUCGCACUCGUAUUUUGCGAUUCCUUCAAUCGCUCAGCAAUGCGGAGGCGCAUACGACUCAUCUUUUCACGGGUCGUGCCACGAGGCAGGCCUCCCAACACGGGAGACACAAUGUUCGUCGACACAGAAGGAGCAGCCUUGGUUGGUUCUGGUUGGUUCUUGGUGGGAGCAGCAGCAACCGGUGCAGGGGCAACUGGAGCAGAUGUAGCAGCAGGAGGAGCGGCAGCCUUGGCGCCACCACUGGCACCAGGAACCAACGUGAACAAGGGAGCACCGAUGGUCACAACAUCUUCGACAUUGACCAAUGUCUGUUGGAUAACACCGGCUUGAGGCGCACGGACGUCAACACUGACUUUGUCGGUUUCAAUGACCAAGACGACGUGGUCCGCUUCCACGAAGUCACCAGGUCCCUUUGUCCAGCUCACAACAGUACCCUCAGAGAUGGAAUCGCCCAUGGACGGCACGUUCACGGUGACAGGAGCACCAGUGGCAGUAGUUUCAGCAGGGGUGGCAGCGACUGGCACAGGUGUUGAGGCAGCAGGAGGAACCGUGGACGUAGCAGGGCUCGAAGAAGCGCCAGAUGGUGAUGCACCUUGGUCUAUUUGAAACAAUGGUGCGCCGACGUUCACACUAGCUUCAACUUCGGCCAAAUGGGCAGUCACGACACCAGCGAAGGGCGAUCGGACAUCGACACUGACUUUGUCCGUUUCAAUCACGACAACAACAUCGUCAGCAUCGACGUGGUCGCCAACGUUCUUGACCCACUCGACAACUGUGCCUUCCGAGAUCGAAUCUCCCAUUGACGGGACAGGGACGUCCACCGAGGCAAACGAGCGGACUUGGGAAAUGCAGAACUUGGCGCGGUUGUUCAAACGAAUGUACGACGCGACCGUCGUCGACGUCGCAUGGAACGUACGGACAGCAGUGGCCACUGCGGCUUGGCGGUGGCGCACAGCAAGAGGCAACUUAAUGCGGCGGACAGUGCGCAGCAUGGUGACGGAAGGCGAGUGAUGCGUGGUGGCUUUGAGG